AUGGCGACGAAUAUUUCCCGGGCAUUACUUCUGUCAGCGACUGCCAACACUGCUACUCCGUUCCUUUACCAAACCCGAACUCUCGGACCGGUAUUGCGAUCAUUCCAAAGACCGUGUACUCCCCGUCUCCAACGAACUUACUCCACCAGAACCGAUGACCCCGAGGCCAAUGACGAGACCGAUGCCAGUGUAACCACUGAAAAUAUUACUGCGAAAGAUACCGACAGCCCUCAACCUCGCAAAAGCCACAUUCGCAAGCGUGGCUCUUCCGCUCCGCGGCAUUCGGCUUCCCCAGACCAGUUCAAAUCAGUGACUUCGCGCGAGAAAGCAGCUUUCAAUAAACUCUUGGCUCAAUUAAAUAUCGAAUCCGAUCCCAAUUCCGCCGAGAACGACGCGGCAGCUCCGAGCACGACCGGGCAAAAUGCAAAGCAAACUGAUGUCGCGGAUUUGAUGAAACUAUUCGAGGGAAUCGUGAAUCUCAACGCGCAGCAGAAAGUCACACCUACAAACCCUUCAGCGUCAGAAAGUGUCGAACAAGACAUCCACGAUCCCAAUGGCAUCAAUGCCAACGAGCAGCGACUCGAGAUACCAAUCGAGUCAGACGAGGUCGAGCCAAUAAACGAGCCCAUGUACACCCGUGAAGAACUCGGUCUGCCACCACCACAGAGUGGAGUUGAACAACAAAUCUCCAUGAGGCAAGCGGUUUCCCUGGUCGUUCACCAAGAAACGCAGCGGAUCGAGCAAGCGUUAUUCAAGGCAAUUGAAGAGAACAAAGGCGACAUAGCACUUUGGGAGGUCUGCAAGACACACAUUUUCCCCAUGCUUCGCUACAUAGAAGGAGAUGCCGAUCCCGCAAAGACAUCGACUACCGCAGCCCCAGACCACAGCGUCGUCAUUCCUCCGAUGAUCCCGGCUGGCCGGGUCAUCACUACAUUAUACCCGCGUGUGCUGUUGAUGACAUUUCGCCUUCUCAACACGCACUUCCCUGAAUCGCUGCUCAUCAGUCAAUUCCGCGCAAGCAUUAAAGCUCAAGGUCGCGCUUCUGCACUACUGGGUACGUCCGCAGAACUCUACCACGAGAUCGUUCAUUUCUACUGGAAUGGUUGCCGGGAUCUUCCCGCUGUUAUGUCGUUUCUGCGGGACAUGGAUUUGCACGGGGUUCAGCCUUCGCGAGAGACUCUCGGGUUGAUACGGAGUAUUGAGCAAGAGGGUAAAUCUUACUUGAAGUUGGGGUCGGGUUUGAGUGGAGAUUCUUGCGAGAGUGGACGAGGUGGCGGUUCGUUCUGGGGCCUGCCACCUAACCAGAAGGCGCUUGCUGAGCUUGCUGGUAAGGGUGGCUGGCUGGAAGGCUACAAGAAGAAGACUAAAAAGCCGGUGGUUCCUCGGAGUAAAGGGCUAUCUUAG